AUGACUCUGUGGUAUUCGGUUGGCGUUGCUCUUUUUGCCGCAAUUGGCACGUUUCUAUUCGGCUUUGAUACGGGUAUUGCGACGACGACAAUCGCCCAUGAAAGCUGGAUCGAUUAUAUGGGCCACCCCUCAGAGGGGCUCACCGGUGCUGUCGUCGCUGUUUACAUUGCCGGUGAGGCAGUCGGUGCCUUCACUCAGACGUUUAUCGGAGACAAACUAGGCCGUCUUCGAUUUAUGGAGAUGAUGUGUAUUAUUGUCACAAUUGGGACUGUCAUUCAAACAGCGUCGGUCAACAUUGGGAUGUUCCUUGCGGGUCGUGCCCUGGCCGGAUAUGCUGUUGGAGGACUAGUUGGCACCGUACCCAUCUACCUAAGCGAAAUCUCAGAUCCUCGCUAUCGGGGUCUGAUCGGAGGGAUAUCAGGCUGCGGUAUCUCCUUUGGAACCAUGGCAUCAAAUUGGGUCGGAUAUGCAUGUAGCUACGCCUCAUACGGACCGGUACAAUGGAGAUUGCCUUUGGGGAUUCAGAUCCCGUGGGGUAUCAUCAUGUUCUUUGGCCUGCUCAUCUUCAUGCCUGAUUCUCCUCGCCAUCUCAUUCGAAGCGGCAAGGUCGAGCAAGCGCGCAGCGAGUUCAGCAGGAUACGACGGGAUUUGCAUUCGCAUGAGGUGAACGAGGAGUUUAUGCUCAUGCGUACGCAGAUCGAGUACGAAAUGGAACGAGAGAUUACUUCGUACCGGGAGAUCUUCAAGCUUUUCAGACACCGUGUGCUCGUAUCGAUUGCUGUUCAAACAAUGACAAGUCUUACUGGUGUGAAUGUGAUUCAGUACUAUCAGACAAUUCUAUACAAAUCAUUAGGCAUCGGCUCGCACUCCAUUCUUGCCUUGGCCGCCGUAUACGGCACCGUGGCCUUCAUCAUCAACUGCGCGACAACAAAAUACCUUACUGAUCAGUGGGGUCGACGAAAAAUGUUAAUCUCCGGUCUCGCGGGGAUUAUCCUUAUCGAGAUCUAUGCUGCUGUCAUGCAACGAGAAUUCCAGAACACCGACAACCGCGUCGGAAAGGGGUUUGCUAUUCUUGGAAUUUAUCUAUUCGUGGUUGCCUACUAUGGUAUGCUUAACAGUACGACCUGGCUAUACGGCGCUGAGGUUCUACCUAUUGCCCUUCGAAGUAAGGUGAUGGGCUUAGCAGCGGCGUCUCAUUUCAUCGUCAACGUCGCUGUCACCGAAGCCGGCCCAAGUGCGUUUGCCAACAUCCACGAAAACUACUACUACGUCUUCGUGGUGUGUUCCUGCUUCUUCCUGGCCGUUGCCUAUCUCUACUUCCCUGAAACUAAACAGAAGACACUGGAGGAAAUCGCCGCUGCAUUCGGCGACAGGGUCAUCGCGCCCGAUAAUGUCGCCAAAAUGGGUUCGCAGCAUGUAGAGGUCGCUGGAUCAGUGAGAGACACUGACUAA